UACGAUAUGUUAGAACACACAGCAACUACACUGAUUAUUGUUCUAUCAUAUAUUGUUUUCGCUUUGGGAGAUGGAACAUCUACUCAUCAGGAUGCAGUCAAGACCGUUCUGACUGAAGAUGGUGAUAUCUUCGAGUGUAUCGAUAUACACAAACAACCGACUCUUAGUCAUCCAUCGCUGAAGAGCCACAAAGUUCAGAUGAAACCUAGCACUUUUUCGUAUGAGCUUCAAAACCGGUCUUCAUCUGUAACUACCAAGUCAUUGGCACAAGUUCCUACCAUUUCAUGCCCAAGAGGAACAGCACCCAUAUUACAAGACAGAAAAGGUGACAUCAAAAUUUUUGAAGGUUUCCACACGAUGGAUGGUCCUAGUGGAGAGCUGGCGGUCAUCAAAACAGUAGAUGAUAUAUAUGGCUCUCGUGUUUCGAUAAAUGUUUAUGAGCCAAAAGUGAAAGAAAAGACCGAAGAUUUAAGUGCAUCUUGGGUCUUGAUGUUAAACAAAGAGAAUGCCAGUCGUAUGGAAUCUGUUGGCGCUGGUUCUGUUGUAUGGCCGGCCUUUAGUGGUGAUAAUUUUGCCAGACUUCACAUUAAUUGGAGGGACAACACCCGCGAUGCUCUAUGCUAUGACCAUCGGUGUCCUGGUUUUGUGCAUGUUAAUUCAAGAAUUGGUCUUGGGUCAAAAAUACAACCAGUUUCUGUUUAUAAUGGUCCUCAACAUUUCAUAGACGUUCUUUUAUUUAAGGACCCAAAUACUAAAAAUUGGUGGUUCUUGUUGGGUGGAACCCCAGUUGGAUAUUGGCCAAGUUCAAUUUUUACUCACUUGAAGGAUAAAGUUACCGAAGCAGCUUGAGGUGGACAAGUCUAUGGUCCAACGGUUCAAUCAAACUUCCCUGAAAUGGGUAGCGGGCAUUUUGCUUGGGAGGAGUUCGGGAAAGCAGCUUAUGUGAGCAAUAUUAAAAUUGUACGUGGGAAUAAUAAGUAUUAUACACCAGAUACCGACAGCACAUUUGCUAGGAGUACCAGACCACGUUGUUACGCAAUUGACAAUUAUGGUCAAGAUGAAGGCGGCAUGCAUCUCUAUUACGGUGGACCCGGUGAUUGUAGUAAUAAUUUUAAUAGGUAGGUACAUCCUUUUGGAACAUAAUUUUCAAGUCUAAUGAUGGAUCAUAUGCUACUUGUGACGGUGUUGCAUGCACAUGAUAAUAAUGUUAUAUGCGAGAGUUUUGCCAUGA